AUGUCAGUUGAAAUAGAGCCCGGCGAGCUCGGCUUCAAGCGCCCAUUCACUAAAGAAGUCACUGAGAUUCUCUACUUACGGAAUCCCAACAGCGACCCCGUUGCCUUCAAAGUCAAAACUACUGCCCCCAAACAUUAUUGUGUCCGCCCUAACUCCGGCCGCAUCGAGCCUGGGAAACAAGUUGAAGUCCAGGUUCUUCUCCAGGCGAUGAAAGAAGACCCUCCGCUUGACGCCAAAUGCCGCGAUAAGUUCCUUGUCCAGUCUGUUGCGGUCUCCGCCGAUAAGGAGUUCUCGAAUGUUGCCUCUAUUUGGCAGGAUGUUGAAAAGAAAUCCAAGUCUCUUAUUCAAGAGCGCAAAAUCCGAGUCAACUUCCUCCCAAGUGAUGACCUGCAUACCAAUGGAGUGGAGCCUGAUUCCGAGCCCCCGGCACAAUCUUCUCCCCAAGCACCUCAGUUUACUACCCCUGUUGUCCAGCGCACCACUGGUAGCAGUACCACACCCUCCAAAUCCGAGGACAUGAAGCAGGAAAGCCCGUCUGAGCCAUCAGCUGAGCCCAUCAACUCUUUUGGCAUGGCCUCUUCGUCUUCUCGCAUCGAGCCCUCGCAAUCAAGUGAUGACCUUCUGUCUUCCCAAUUGGCGGAAGCAAGACUGCAGAUCAAACAGCUACAACAGCAGAUAGCUGACAAUGAGGUGAGGCAGAGAAAGAAGCCCGUAGAAGGUGGUGAGGUUUCUACAAACCAAUCCUCUCUCAAGCAAGCGCAAGCUCCUGCUCAAUUGGCCGCAGCGGGUGGUGUACCUCUACAAGCUGUGGCUGGUCUCUGCCUUCUUAGCUUCCUGCUAGCAUACUUCUUCUUUUAG